CUUUCUCACAACUCAGUUAUUUUGCUUUUAUCCUAUCUGGACCCAAUGAUGUGCGGGGUAUCAGUGCGAGUUCUGUCCGUACUACUGACCCUGGGCUUGUGUCUGUGUUCCUCACCCACAGAGGAUUUCGUGUUUCAGUACAAGUCUCAGUGUUACUUCAGGAACGGCACCGAGAAUGUCAGAUCUCUGGUUCUUUACAUACAUAACCAGGAGGAGUGGACGUACUUUGACAGCGAUGUGGGUUUGUUUAUCGCUAAAACUGAGCUGGGGAAACCGGAUGCGGAUUAUUGGAACGGCCAGAAGGAUCUCCUAGAGAAGGAACGGGCCGUGGUGGAUACAGUCUGCAAACACAACUAUCAGAUGGAUAAACCCGCUGCUGUAGACAGGAAAUCUCUACCCAAUGUGAAGAUUGUAAACACAAAAACAUUGGAUUUGGAACAUGAAAACCUGAUAACCUGCUUUGUAGAUGGGUUCUUUCCUCCGAUGAUAAAGGUAACUUGGCUGAAGAAUGGGAUUGAAGAGGGAGAGCAGGUCACAUCCUCAGAGCUACUACCGGAUGGAGACUGGGCAUUUGAAAUCCAUGUGAUGCUGGAGACAACCAUUAAACAUGGGGACACUUUCACCUGCCGGGUAGAGCACAGCAGCCUGCAACAGCCUAUAUCUGUGAACUGGGAGCCAGAUGUAUCUGAAUCUGCUCACAAUAAGAUGUUGACUGGUAUUGUUGGCUUUGUGCUUGGUUCCAUUUUCAUCAUAGUCGGCCUCAUAGUCUACCUCCGGAGUAAGAAAACUAUGACUCGCUUUUCAGUGGUACAGAAUGAAAACUCACUGAUCGGUGUCGCAGGGAGAGGCUGCAGCGGCUCCUGGGUCCUUCCUCCCACCUCCAGAUGAUCUGUGUGCCUGCUUGUCCCAGAUCUAAUGAGUUAAUCUGCCAGGAGAAGACAUGCUGUUAACAUCAAGAGCUGGGCUGCUUUUUGUGCUUUAUGUAACACUGUCAAUCAACUCACUGAUAUAAUCAAGGAAUUAUGCUCUGCUUUUGAGAUCUGCUAAUACUCAACCCUGUACCAUGCUGGACUUUCUUCAUAACAUGUAUAGGGCCCAAAGACUAUAUAAAACCACACAUAGGAAAUUAAAAUGUUAAUGGCUAUGGCACAUGGGGUUUAUUCUGCAACAUUAGUUUUAAACUGACGGAGUAGAGGCCUGAUCGUGGGCAUUCACCAUGUCUUUUAGUUUAAUAGAAUCUACUUGUCACUAGCAGGUGCGGGACCUUAUGUCCAAAACCCACCUUUAAUCCAGUCUCUACCUGAUCUAAAUGACUGACCAUGUAGCUAUGAGCAGGUGCUUCUCUGCCAUCUGUAAAGACACAAAAGCACAGAUUUAGUCUUUUGUGCCACAGGCCUAAAUACUUUCUCUCAUGUUCUGGACUUCUUGACUUUUCUGCUAGUAAAUCAGACUGAAAAUAUGUAUUUUUUGUGUGUAUGCAGUUGUUUUUUAUAUAGCAUGAUUAUGUGGUACAAAUAUUACUUCUUAAUUCCAGAUUAAAGUUGAUAUUUCAUAAAACUUAAUUUGAACUGAGAGCAGCAUGUCUGUUAUUUUCAAAUGUUUUACUUUUUCUUCUCUACUGGACCCCCUUUCUUUACCUUUCUUCAUUUCCACUGCUUCUGAUGUUUUUUACCCCACUUUUUUACCAACAUUCUUGUGCAAUCCCAUCUAAUAUCUUAUCUUCCUAUACUUCCUCAUUUAUCCAAUUCUCAUUUGUCAUUUUGACUUAAUUGUUCUGAACAAUUUUCAUUCAAAUAAUAACAAUAAUAUUAAAGCUUAACUUUAAAAAAA